CCACCUCCCUAUAGCCAGCUUUACACAGUUUCAUUUCUGAUCUCUCUGGAGCCUGGGCAGAGAAUACCCCUAUCUAGCCUAGUGACCUUCGCCUGAGCCCUGGUUAAUAUUUGCCCAAUCCCCAGGCAGAGGGGCCCGCCCCCUGCAAGAUAUAAGCUGGCCCAGGGCUGCUCUGCUUCCAGUGUGGCCUGAGCCACUCGGAGUUACCUGCCCACCAGCAUCAUGGCCAAGGGUUUCUACAUUUCCAAGACCCUGGGCAUCUUGGGCAUCCUGCUGGGUGUGGCAGCUCUGUGCACCAUCAUAGCCCUGUCGGUGGUCUAUGCUCAAGAGAAGAACAAGAAUGCUGAGAACUCUGCCACGGCUACCACACUCCCUGACACCACCUCUACUGCUACCCCAACCACAUCUGUAGAUGAAAGCAAGCCUUGGAAUCAGUACCGCCUGCCCAAGACUCUGAUACCUGACUCCUACCAGGUGACUCUGAGGCCCUACCUCACCCCCAACGAACAGGGAUUGUACAUCUUUACAGGUAACAGUACUGUCCGCUUUACCUGUAACAAUACCACAAAUGUCAUCAUCAUCCACAGCAAAAAGCUCAGCUACACCCUAAAGGGAGGCUUUAUGGUGGCACUGCGAGCCAUGGAUGGUUCCCAGGCACCUGCCAUCUUUAAAACUGAGCUGGUAGAGCGCACCGAGUACCUGGUGGUGCACCUGCAGGGAUCCCUGACGAAGGGCAAACAGUAUGAGAUGGAAAGCGAGUUCCAGGGGGAACUGGCCGAUGACCUGGCUGGCUUCUACCGCAGCGAGUACAUGGAGGGUGACAUCAAGAAGGUGGUGGCCACAACGCAGAUGCAGGCUGCUGAUGCCCGGAAAUCUUUCCCGUGCUUUGACGAGCCAGCCAUGAAGGCCAUAUUCAACAUCACACUCAUCUACCCCAAAAACUUUCAGGCUCUGUCUAACAUGCUUCCCAAAAAUUCCAGUCCCCUUCAAGAUAAUUCUUCCUGGAUUGUCACGGAAUUCCACCCCACCCCCAAGAUGUCCACAUACCUGCUGGCCUACAUUGUGUGUGAAUUCAAAUAUCUGAAUGAGAUCUCAACCAAUAAUGUCCAGAUUCGAAUCUGGGCUCGUCCCAGUGCCAUCGACGAGGGCCAUGGUGCUUACGCCCUGAAAGUGACAGGCCCCAUCCUAAACUUCUUUGCCCAACAUUAUAAUACGGCCUACCCUCUAGAAAAGUCUGACCAGAUUGGCCUGCCUGACUUCAACGCUGGAGCCAUGGAGAACUGGGGGCUAGUGACCUACCGUGAGAGUGCCCUGCUCUACGAUCCUGUGUCCUCCUCCAUCGGCAACAAGGAGCGGGUGGUCACCGUGAUUGCUCAUGAGCUGGCCCAUCAGUGGUUCGGUAACCUGGUGACGGUGGCCUGGUGGAAUGACCUGUGGCUGAACGAGGGCUUUGCCUCUUAUGUGGAGUAUCUGGGGGCUGAUUUUGCAGAGCCCACCUGGAAUCUGACAGACCUCAUAGUGCAGAAUGAAGUGUAUCGUGUGAUGGCCGUGGACGCACUCGCCUCUUCCCACCCGUUGUCCAGCCCUGCCGACGAAGUCAACACACCAGCCCAGAUCAGCGAGCUGUUUGACAGCAUCACCUACAGUAAGGGAGCUUCGGUAAUUAGGAUGCUGUCUAGUUUCCUGACAGAGGACCUGUUCAAGAAGGGCCUUGCAUCUUAUCUCCACACCUUCCAAUACUCGAACACUGUUUAUCUGGACCUGUGGGAGCACCUGCAGAAGGCUGUGGACAGCCAGACAGAAAUUAAACUCCCAGACUCCGUGAGCACCAUCAUGGACCGCUGGAUUCUACAGAUGGGCUUUCCCGUUAUCACUGUGGACACCGCUACAGGAGAGAUCUCCCAGGAACACUUCCUCCUUGACCCCCAGUCUAAUGUCACCCGCCCCUCAGCUUUUAACUACACUUGGAUUGUACCCAUUCCGUAUCUCAAAGGUGGACUACAACAGCAGCAGAAGGAGCACUACUGGCUGAACGCCCAGAAAUCCCAGAACAUCGCCUUUAAGACCUCUGGGAAUGAGUGGGUCUUGCUGAACCUUGGUGUGACAGGCUACUACCAGGUGAACUACGAUGAAGGCAACUGGAAGAAGAUUCAGAGUCAGCUGCAGUCAGACCUGUCUGUUAUCCCUGUCAUCAAUCGUGCCCAGAUUAUCCACGACUCCUUCGACCUGGCCAGUGCUCAAAAGGUGAACAUCACUCUGGCGCUGGACAACACCCUCUUUCUGCAGAAAGAAAUUGAGUACAUGCCCUGGGAGGCCGCCCUGAGCAGCUUCAACUACUUCCAGCUCAUGUUCGACCGCUCCGAGGUCUAUGGCCCCAUGAAGAGUUACUUGAAGAAGCAAGUCACACCCCUCUUCAAACACUUCAAAAACAUAACCACCAACUGGGAGAAUCGCCCAGCAACACUCAUGGAACAGUACAAUGAAGUUAAUGCCAUCAGCACAGCCUGCUCCAGUGGUGUCAAAGAGUGCAAGGACCUGGUUUCUGGGCUUUAUAGUGAAUGGAUGAAGAACUCUAGUCAUAACCCGAUCCACCCCAACCUCCGGUCUACUGUCUACUGCAACGCCAUUUCUUUUGGUGGCGAGGAAGAGUGGAACUUUGCCUGGGAUCAGUUCCGGAAGGCCACUCUGGUAAACGAGGCAGACAAACUUCGAACAGCCCUGGCCUGUAGCAAAGACGUGUGGAUUUUGAACAGGUACCUGACCUACACUCUGAAUCCUGACUACAUCCGGAGGCAGGAUGCCACCUCCACCAUCAUCAGUAUUGCUAAUAAUGUGGCUGGGCAAUCUCUGGUUUGGGACUUUGUCCGAAGCAACUGGAAGAAACUCUUUGAGAAUUAUGGAGGAGGAUCUUUCUCCUUUGCCAAUCUCAUCCAGGGAGUGACCAGGCGCUUCUCUACCGAAUUCGAGCUGCAGCAGCUGGAGCAGUUCCAGGAGGAAAACAAAGACACAGGCUUUGGUUCAGGCACUCGGGCUCUGGAGCAAGCCCUGGAGAAGACAAAGGCCAACAUCAAGUGGGUGAAGGAGAACAAGGAGGUGGUACUCCAGUGGUUCACUCAAAACAGCAAGUAGAUCCUGGCCCUGAGAACCGCUUGGCACCUGGGGACACCAACAACUAGCUCAGCAGCCUGUGCAGGGUCUCUGUCUGUCCUCAGAGCUCCAGGACCAGCAUCCUAUCCUCAGAGUUCCUAUGGAGCCACCCUAGCUCCUAAUUGUCAGGUGCUCUGGCACCUCCCAGCCCUUGCCUCUCAUGCCAACUCUGCCCCAGGCCCAGGCCUCUGGGGCUGAUCUCAGGGAAGCCCAGCUCUGAGGCCAGAGUAAGACUUUACUGGACAAAGGGCAGACCAAAUAGUCACCCUGCACACUUUGCCACUUUCUCCAUGAGACCCAGAACCAAAGAAUCAUCAGGACACAAGAUCUAUAUAUAUAUAUUUUUAAAAGAAAAUGUAAAUAAAGAAUUUCUAAAAUGA